UCACUUUUCCGAGUAGGGCUUGCCGAAAAGCAGCAACAAACAGUUGCUCAGAUAAAGAUUUAUAUUUUACCGGAAAAUGGAGAUUGAAAUUUUAAGUGUUUCGGGAUCCAAGCCAAUUGGUAAAAUAAAAGUGAGUGAAGAUGCCAACAUAAGAAAUGUGAAAGAUAAAAUUCACCAAAAUCUCAAAAAAUCCCUGUACCCGGAUAGACAAUCUAUCAAGGUCGAGGCAAAAGGAAGAUCCCAAAAGGAUGAAACUACUUUAAAAUCUCUAAAUAUUACUGAUGGUGCAAAAUUGUAUUUACAAGAUCUUGGUCCCCAAAUAUCUUGGAGAAAUGUUUUUCUGGCUGAGUAUGCUGGUCCUCUUUUUGUUUAUCUUUGGGUUUACCAAAGGCCCUGGCUGCUGUUUGGAGAGGUUACAUCUCCUCCAAGCAGUGUAGCAACAUUGGCAACAAUUUGCUGGUCAGCCCAUUACGCAAAAAGAUUACUGGAGACACUAUUCGUUCAUCGUUUCUCCCAUGGCACUAUGCCCUUGAGGAAUUUAUUUAAGAACUGUUCUUACUAUUGGCUGUUCACCCUUUACAUUGCAUAUCACAUCAACCACCCACUCUAUACAGCUCCAAGUAAUACCUAUGUUGUUGUAGGUCUUGCAGGCUUCAUUGUCUGCGAGCUGGGCAACUUGAGUAUUCACCUGCUCUUCAAAAACCUCCGUCCUCCAGGCACCAAAGUGAGACGCAUUCCAAAGCCCGACAGCAAUCCAUUCACAAAAUUAUUCAACCUUGUGUCCUGCCCCAACUAUACAUACGAAGUUGGUUCAUGGAUAUUCUUCACAAUUAUGACGAAAUGUGCACCAGCUGGUCUGUUCACACUGGCUGGGUUGUACCAGAUGGCGGUUUGGGCGCUCGGCAAACACCGCAACUACAAGAAGGAGUUCCCUGACUACCCCAAAGGACGUAAAGCUAUUUUGCCAUUCAUUUUAUAAGCUGAUUGAAAUUGAAUUUUCUAGAAUUACUCUUAACUUUCUUGCUCUGACUGAUGGAAAGAUUUACACUGUUACAGACAUAGUAAUUAUACAUACAAAGUUUGGCACACGCCUGAUAUGUUGGAAAAGCCUUUUCGUUAGAAAGUGCUUUUGUGGUAGUUAUUAUAAAACAUUGAAAAACAUAAUGUAUGUAGUAUACAGUGUAGUAUUUUUAUUAGUAAGAAGGUUAAUGUUAAAGUGCCGGCGAUCAUUCGCUUGCCAAAUUGAACUUUAGUCAUAACUAAUAAGAUUUUUUAUUAUUUAUCGGAAUUAUGUAAUACUAGGUGCAGGCUUUAAUUUAAAUUAUAGUUGCAAUGUU